AUGGUAUCGAUAAAUCAAAAUUUUAAGCUACCUAUCUCAAUGAACUCUCAACCUAUACAAAUACAACAACAACAAUUUAAACAACCACAACAACAACCACAACAAAAAUCAAAUAGUUGUUUUAGCGACCAAGAGAAUUAUCCAGCAAAUAUUCAACCAAGCUCCUCGACAUCAUCAUCCUCAUCAUCAUCGAUCCAUAUAACUAAAUCAAUGGUAAUCAGACCACCACUUGAAUCAAAUCAACCACAACCACAACAACAACAACAGCAACAACAAACAUUACAACAAAUUCAUCAUCAACAAGUUCAAUUACAGCAACAACAAUCACUUCAAAUGCAGCAACAACAAUUACAACAACAACAACAACAACAACAACAACAACAAAUGCCACCACCACAAUCACUACCAAAUAAAUCCAAUGAACCACAGGAGCCAAUUGUUGUUUAUGAAACUAUUAGAUCAGGUGAUUCAAAAAGGUUAAAAGAAUAUAGACAAGGUGAAUUUUUAGGAAAGGGUGGAUUUGCCAAAUGCUAUUUAAUGACAGAAGUUGAAACUAAUCGUAUUUAUGCCGCAAAAAUCAUUCCAAAAUCAACUCUCCAAAAGACCCGUGCAAGAUCAAAGUUAAAAAGCGAAAUUAAGAUCCACAGCUCACUCUCUCACGAAAAUAUUGUAAAGUUUGAACAUUGUUUUGAAAAUGAAGAAAACGUUUAUAUUUUAUUAGAAUUAUGUAAUCAAAAGACUGUUAUGGAUAUUCACAAGAAAAGAAAAUAUUUAAUGGAAUAUGAAACUAAAUAUUAUGUCUAUCAAGUAAUUAUGGCAGUUCAAUAUCUUCAUAAUAAUAAUAUCAUUCACAGAGAUCUUAAAUUGGGUAAUCUUUUCAUUGACAAUAUGAGAAUUAAAUUGGGUGAUUUUGGUCUUUCAACAAAAGUUGAACAUGGUGAAAGAAAAAAAACAAUUUGUGGUACACCCAAUUAUAUAGCACCAGAAAUUUUAGAUAAUUCAAAUGGUCAUUCAUACGAAGUUGAUGUCUGGUCAAUUGGUAUCAUUUUAUAUACAUUAUUAAUUGGUAAACCACCAUUUGAAACAUCAGAUGUGAAGCACACCUAUCAAAGAAUUAAACAAAAUCAAUAUUCCUUCCCUGAUGAACCAAUAAUAUCUCAUUAUGGUAAAAGUUUAAUUAUUUCAAUUUUAAAUCCUGUUCCUGAACAAAGACCAAAUUUAACCCAAAUUUUAGAACAUGACUUUUUUACUUAUUCGCCAAUUCCAAAAUAUUUACCAGUUUCUUCAUUGACAACUGCACCAUCACAAUCAACAAUCAAUCAAAAUAUGGGUCGUCCAUUAUCAGAGAAAACAAAUAUUGUCAAUCAACAACAUUUGCAACUUGCUGGUACCACUUCACCAACUAAAAAUAAUAAUCACCAUUAUCAACAAUAUCAACAACAACCACAACAACAAUACAAUAAUAACUAUCAACAAUCAUUUUCACCAAAGAAACAAAUUAACAAUAUGAAUAAUAAUAAUAAUAAUAAUAAUAAUAAUAAUAAUAAUAAUAAUAAUAAUAAUAAUAAUAAUAAUAAUAACCUCAAACAAUAUAAUUAUAGCAAUAAUAAUAUUAAUUAUAAUAACAACAACAAUAACAUCAACAAUCAAUUUGCAAAUCUUUCACCAAAUUCUCAACAAAAACUAUCAGAAGUUGAAAAUGACGACUUUCAUUAUAGAAAAUUGAGAAGAUUAGAAAAAAUGAAAGAAAAUGACUUAAAAACACAAUUAUUAAUAAAACAACAAUAUACAAAUAUGAAUGAGAAUCAACAACAACAACAACAACAACAACAACAACAACAACAACAACAACAACAACAACAAAGAGUGAAUAAUAAUAUUAAUAAUAAUGGUAAUACAGUAACAGUGACCACAGGAAAUAAUACAGUUAAUGUUCAAAUUAAGGAAUUGGAGACAAAGAUUGCAAAUAAUCAUAUUUCAGACUCACCACCAGUUUCAUCGAAUAAUAAUUAUCCACAACAAAUUCAAAAACAACAACCAAAUUUUAAUAAUGAAUUUUAUUUAGGUAUGCCAAAUAAUUUGGUGUAUAUUUCUCAAUACGCUGAUUUUACAAAUAAAUAUGGUUUGGCUUAUGUGUUAUCAAAUAGUUAUGUUGGUGCUUAUUUUAAUGAUUCUACUAAAAUUGUUACUUUAAUCGAAAGCGAAAUUGCAUAUUAUAUGGAACAUGCAAAAGGUACAGAUGGUGAUGGUAGAAGAGUUUUAAAUGUUACUCAACAACAUCCACAUGAUACACAGAAAAAAGUCACAUUAAUUAAAUACUUUUUAAAUCAUUUCACAAAUUCUGAUACAACCAAUUUAUUAAUUAAUACUGGUGCAACAUCAUCAUCAAUCAAUAAUAACAACAACAACAAUGUAGAAAAUGUAACAAAUAACAAUAAUAAUAAUAGUAAUAAUAGUAGUAAUAUCAAUCCAAUUUAUGUAAAGAAAUGGAUAAAAUUCGAUAAUGGUAUUGCAUUUAGAUUAAGUGAUAAAACGAUUCAAGUAAACUAUUUGGAUAAGUCAAGAAUUAUCGUUUCCAGUAAAGAUAUGGUUACAUUUGUUCCAUAUAGAGGACAAAUUAUCACUGGAACUUUAAAUUACUUUAAAAAUGGCGAUAAAAAGAUCUCGGAAAAAAUUAAAUAUAUUUAUGGUACUUUAUCAAAUAAUUUAUAUAGUAAAAAACCUGAAUCUUCUUUUCAACAACUUCCUCAACAACAAUAUCAACAACCACAACAUUAUCAACAACAAACACAACAACCACAACCACAACCACAACAACAACAACUGCCACAACAACUACCACAACCACAACAAUCACCAGCAAAACAACAUCAAUACCAACCAAAUCAAAUUCAAUACCAGCAAUCAAUUCCACAACCACAAUUAAUUAACCAAUAA